AUGGGCCAGAAAGCGUCAAAACCGCGUGCACGUAUGCGCUACCCAUCCCUCGCCGCUCCCCUGAACGGGUCGCACGAGGCAAGCAACAGUGUCUUGCGGACGCCGCAUGAAGCCGUCGCGGUAUUUAUCAGAGGCGGUAGAUUUGCAGCAGCCGUGAGUUUGGCCCAGCAAGUGGUGCAACAGAACAAAAGCCGGUUCGGUUUGGAACAUCCACUCACCUUAUCAGGCAUGUUCAAGCUCGGAAGGGUGCUCCACGGGGAUGGAAGAGUAGAAAAGGCGCUUGGCGUUUUCCAAGAGUUGCUGCCCUUGAACGAAAGGGUGUUUGGACCCCUCCGUGCCUACACGCUUGAGACUCUAGAUGCCAUAUGUGAGGAACUCUGUAACAUGGGUAAGUACGAGCUGUCGCUCGCGCAUCUUGUCGAGGAGAGGCGGCGCUGCGAACAGGCCUUGGGGCCACAGCACGAGCGGACGAUACGAGUCCUAGUCGACAUUGCGAACAUAUCUAAGCUACUGGACAAGACUGACGAAGCGUCUUCGACGUUCUCUUUGGCCCUAGACCGCAGCCAGAGAGGUCUGGGUGAAAGACACGCCCUUACUUUGGCAAUUCUGAAUGACCUCCGCGGGUUGAGGGAGCCAUUGCCACCAAAUCUAGAGGAAAUGAAGGCCCUGCUGCGUCAAAACGGUCUCCCGGUAUCCACUGAGCCUUUUCCUAAUAGUAUAUCAGCCACCUGGCAAGAGACAGUUGCCGAGAAAGAACUACACAUUAUGACGAGCGUUUGCUACGAAGCUUCUAACGCAAUGUCGCUACGGAUGGGACCCCUUAAUGCGGAACUGACGCCUCAGCCACCUGUGCACAUACCCCCUCAUCAUGCCGAUACGAGCAAGGUUAACCUAGGACGUAUAUCAACUCAUGCCCCUCUGGACCAUUCAUUCCAAUCUUUAAUCAAUCGUAGCAUUGAGAUACUGCCUCGAGGUGGAGCCCGCGCUGCUCGGCAAGCGGUCGUCAAACAAACCGCGUUCCUCAAGAGCCUGAAAUCUCUUGACGAGCUCCUCACUGCUAAAGAAAACCCAGUCUGGUUCUUCCAACAUCGAGAGUCAUUCAUGCAGCAAACUACGCUCCAGAGAUGGGACCCAAACUCACUAGAAAGAUAUGUCCUUCUUCCCAUAGACGGUGGAUUCGCAAACUCAGAGGACUGCAUAUUCAUUAGCCAUUACUGGCGAACAAAGUCUCAUCCCGACCCUGAUGGGGAGGACUUGCGGCAACUGCAACAACUGCUCAACGAUGGAUUUUGGAGUAAAUCGACCUUCCUCUGGGUAGACUGGACCUGUCUUCCGCAGUGGGAACGAACUGCACCACAGCAGCAAUACUUCUCACGGGUUCUACCAAGCAUCCCUAGACUUGUUCGGGAUUGUGCAUUCGUGGCGCAAUUCCCCGAAUUCCGGCCCCGUCUUUGGGUCCUCUUUGAAGUUGCUGCGUUUACCUUCAACCGAGCAGAGGCUGUUGGGCUGCCAUGUACCGAUCCUUUCGAAAAGCACCUGCGGCAGAUGAGGCGAGACGGUGUUAGGCUUGUUCUCGAUAGGUACCGCUAUAACUGUACUAACAAAGGUGACCGUGAGUGGGUAAUUCCCUGGCUUGAGAUCCUCCUCGCCUUGCGCAAGACUGUUCCAAGCAUCCAUACACGUCGACAGAUCCUCAACUCAAUCGACAACUCGGCAGUGCGAUCAUGCGUCCACCAGGAAGCGGGAGUGAAAAUCGACAAGGAAAGAGGGUUUCUAGAGGCAAACGGAACAACUUAUCAGUUUAAUCCGCUCCCCGUGGAAGAUGGUAACCCCUGCUCUGUUUCAGAAGUUUGCAUAGCAGGAGACUACGAAAUGCGGCUUGAAAAAGCACUGCGGCGAGCGGACGAGUGUUUUGAUAAUGCAGGUGUAGGAGAAAUUGCGAGAGCAUACGACCGCGCAGGAGAGUAUAAGAUAGCAGAAGGUUUGCACCGGCAGGCUCUGGCAACCCUCGACGAUAUGGUCAACUCUCAUGAUCUAUCUGUCAACUUAGAGUACCAAGAGCAGUAUGAAAAAGCACUGGCACAAUGCCGACGAGACAUGGCUCGACCUGAUACACCAGUCGCACUCCGGCACAAGCUGGCAACGUUGGAACAGAAACGGGGACAUUUCAACAUCUAUUGUAAAUGGAAAUUCCAGCCACUAGAGGCCACUCUGCAGAUGGCAAACCAGCCACGGACCACGACACCUGCGCACACUGUCCGCCAGCCACCCGUCCGGAACGGGCUAAAAAGAUCAUGGCUUCAAAGACUGGAUCAGAGCGUUUGGCGAUGCGAAGAUCCCGUGGUCAUGAAGAGCAUGGAAGAGCGAGGUCUCGAAUUCGAAGAACAGGGACGUUUCUCAGCAGCUCAGCAAAUUCACUGGAGUCUAUUAGGACGCAGGAGGGAAUCACUGGGUCCUUGCCACGUCGAUACUCGGCGCAGCUUAACACAUCUCGCGAGAGCAUUCCGGUUAGCAGGCAACACACAAAAAGCCCAUAUAUUAUAUGGGAUAGCGCUUGCGGUAUGCGACUUCACGCUGAGCCCGUGGCACUCGGAAUCGAGGGCAGUGCUUGGCGACCUAGCGGCAACGGUCUUGCUCCAGGGCAGGCUGGGAGUAGCCAGAGGUUAUUACCGACAACAUCUGGAGCGGACACUGGCGGUAGCGGAAUGGGAUAACCCCGAAGCAUUUGCGCCCAAGUUCUUCCUCCAGGCACUUGUGGGAGAUGGAGAGCUGCAGAUAGUCCAAAAAGGUGAAGCAACGACUGUGGAGAUCCUAGGAUAUUUGCCACAGGACACGGGACCCCCCAACCCCAACCCGGCUGGGGCAGUGGCCGCAAAUGAUACCACGUCGAGUGAAAUGCAAGAGGAGAAUGAAAAUAAUACAGAGGGAGGGGAACAAAGUUCCCGGGCCCAACGAAAGACCGUGCUCAUCCGAGAUUUAGAGAGUACUGACUUCUUGUUGGAGAGAUAUAUUAUUGCUAGGUAG